UUUACCACCAGUGUUCAUUAUUGCAGUGCGUUAAAUCUGAACUUCUUACAAAACAUGGCAAGCGACCAGCUUACAGUGAAUGGGAUCUCAUUGAGUAUGAUCCAUCCGAAGUACUUACACAGUAAUUCUACCAGUCAUCCGUGGGCACUUGGAGCGAUGGCGGAGCUGAUAGAUAAUGCCUAUGACCCGGAUGUUGGAGCAAAGAAGUUACAAAUAGACAAAAUGGAGCGAGAUGGACAACUGUGUUUGACUUUCCAAGAUGACGGAAAUGGCAUGGAUUUUAAAAAACUUCAUCAGUUGCUUAGCUUUGGCUUUUGUGACAAGACAAUCAGUGGCAGAACUUACUCACACAAACCUAUUGGUCAGUAUGGUAACGGCUUCAAGUCAGGAACGAUGCGUUUAGGCAAGGACGUCAUCGUGUUCACAAGGUGUGAGAAAAGUGCCAGUGUGGGGUUCCUGUCACAGACCUACCUACAGGGCAUAAAGGCCGAAUCUGUUCUGGUGCCUUUACUGGAAUACCAAGUGCCAACACUGAAACCAGUACCUCGUUCAGGUAGGAACCUGAACUUGGAGGCCAUUCUAGAGUAUUCUUUAUACAAGUCUGAAGAAGAUCUAGUUGCUGAACUAACAAAAUUAAAAGCUGGGACGAAAAUAGUUAUAUUUAAUCUUAAAAAACUUAACAGAAGAUACGAGCUAGACUUUGACUAUGACCCAUCUGACAUCCGGUGCCCUCUAACUUACGUGAAGGAAUCAGACACCAAUGAGGAACGUCCUGUGGUGGUGAGCAGUGGCUACAGACGUUCGUUGAAGGAGUAUUACAGUAUACUGUAUCAUCGCCCUAGUAGUACAAACAUGGAAGUCUUUAUUCGUGGUCGUUUAGUAAAGCUCAAACUUAUGUCAAAAACCUUGAAAGAGAAAGAAAAGAUAUUUUACACACCGAAAAGUGAGGGUAAACAAAUAAGGAUUUCUAUCGGCUUUGCACCAGAGGAUGACACGGAAGAUUAUGGCAUGCUUUUAUACCACAAAAACAGGCUGAUUAAAGCUUAUGAAAGAAUCGGGUGUCAGAAACAGGCCAAUGAGAAAGGUAAAGGUGUGAUAUUGGUCGCAGUGGUUGAUUUUCUAACUCCUACUCACACCAAGCAAGAUUUUAUAAUGGAUGCUAAAUACAACAGUUUCGUUGGGGUUUUGGCAAAGAAGGUGAACGAUUUUUGGAAAAAGAGAAGAGAGAACUCAGAUCCCGUAAAAGCGCCCCGUACUCCAUCCAAACGCCCUGCUGGAUCGGCCAAAGCUGCAGACAACUCUCAUGUUUUGCUCGAAGCCACCAGCGUCCACCAUGAUCGUGGCAGUCCCGUGGAAAUGUUGGAGCCGUUACGGGAGUCAGCUGACAUAACCAUAAUCAAGACAGAGCUGAAUGAAAGUGAAACAAGAGAAUACCCGGAUGAUACAAUCAUAAUAUCGGACGAUGAUGAUGAAGAUAGUCGGGAUACUCUCCCACCAGAAGCUCUUCAGACAACAACAGUAGAGCCAGGUCCAUCAGUAGCAAAUAAUACUAACAUUCCAAUAGAAGAUUUAUCAACAGAGCAGGUUGCGGAACAAUUCGCUUUAAACAUUGACACCUCACCAAGUGAAAGUUUAAGUGGUCAAGCUUUAGAGGUGUCCACAGCAAACCCUACAAACACACCAAGUGAAAAUUUAAGUGGUCAAGAUUUAGGGGUAUCCACGGCAAACCCUACAAACACACCAAGUGUAAGUUUAAGAGGUCAAGCUUUAGAGGUGCCCAUAGCAAACCCUACAAACAUACCAAGUGAAAAUUUAAGUGGUCAAGAUUUAGGGGUUUCCACGGCAAACCCUACAAACAUACCAAGUGAAAAUUUAAGUGGUCAAGCUUUAGGGGUGUUCAUAGCAAACCCUACAAACAUACCAAGUGAAAAUUUAAGUGGUCAAGAUUUAGGGGUGCCCACAGCAAACCUUGCAAACACACCAAGUGAAAGUUUAAGUGGUCAAGCUUUAGGGGUUCCCACAGAAAACCCUACAAACACACCAAGUGAAAAUGUAAGUGGCCAAGAUUUAGGGGUAUCCACGGCAAACCCUACAAACAUACCAAGUGAAAAUUUAAGAGGUCAAGCUUUAGGGGUGCCCACAGAAAACCCUACAGACACACUCAGUGAUCAUGUAAGUGAACGUUCCAUCGAGCUACACCCAGCAAGCUCUAGUAACACACCUACAGAAAAUUUAAAUGUGUCUCCUUCUGAGCUGAGAAGAUCUUCCAGAACUCAAAAGAAGCGACAACGUUCUGCGGAUUCAGAAGAAAAUGACAUCGGAGCGAAAACAAGUGAAGAUGAAACUCCGAUGGCGAAAAAAAGAUCAGUAAACACGAGAAAACCCAUGCGCUCUAAAAAAGCGUUGAGAAUAAAGAUUGUGAAAAAGUCUAAGACGCCCAAUCUAAAAGCACACAAGUCAAAAGCUGCAACUAUAACAGCCAAGCAUAUACGUCUAAGAUCCAGACGCGCAGCAAAGAACUACAGACCCAACCGCAAUCUGUCAGCCACUCAACAAGCCACUCCUCCAGCUGAGAAAAAUGACGCGGAGGUCCAAACAGAUGAAACGACUUCAUCAAAGACAACCCCCUUCCACUACAAAGUGUUCAGGUUUUUAAGGUGUUUUCAUCAGCCUGAAUUACCUGCUAAUGUUUGUAUUGAUGACGUUGAAAACUUUAUCUGUGAGCAGAACGAAAAAUUUAUGACGACUAACUCUUCGCUAAAUUGAUUUUGGGCCGACGGAUCAAUUGUCCUAUUCAAUAUUUUCAUUAAAAAUGUUCACUUAAUACAUCAAUUCUUUAAAAAGAAACUUGUGUGCAUUUUAAAAGCUUGUUAUUAUUAACGUUUUUGUACUAUCAUUGACUACAUUUCAUUGAAUUCUGAUUUAAAUUUAAUGAAUUUGUUUAAUUUUUGAAAACUAUUACUGUAUACAUGUAUCUUUCCUUGAUUGUUAAAUAAUAUAUUGUUAGUAGAAUAUUCUUGUUUGGUCACCACUCAUAUUAUUGUCUUUUGAAAACAAAUAAAAAGACCAGCCAAAACGAUUGACAGAUUUUUGGCCGAAUAUCUACCUUCUAUAUACUACUAAGACUAAAGUUUGUUUACAUGUUUGAAUAUUUAUAUUGUU